GCUGAGCGCGGCAUCAUGUCGCGCCUCACCUUUUACAUACUUCUCGCGUACAUUUACUCAGUGACUAGUGAACCCAUCUGUGAUCUGGAGUUCUGCUGGUGCUACCCAGAUGUCCACCCCCGAUACACCACCGUCAACUGCACCGUCCCGUCCGACCAGGAUUUGUACAUAUCGGAUGGCGAUCUUCCGAAGACGACUACAACUCUCAUGGUCAACGGAGGAGAAUCUCUCCUGUUCGAGCCCCUCUCAUUGACGCAGAUCAAGAAUGUAAGACAUAUUAGCAUUUCGAGAGCCCGGCGGAUACGCAUAAAAAAAUAUGCCGCUCAAAAUCUCAACAUUAUAAGUACCUACUUAAACAUAGUUGGGUGCGAUGAAGUUCGUAUAGAAGAGAGGGCUUUUAGCAAUAUCAAAGGUCCGCUGUCAGUGGCUAUUACAAACGCUAAAAUUGUCAAUUUAGAAAGUAACGCUUUCUCCUGGCUACUGAUGAUGGAAGUAUCCAACGUUAAUAAGCUUAAUUUAAGCCCUGAAGUUUUUAUGUUGGACCCAAGUGCUGCCAACGUCGGAGACCAUGGCCCCGGCAUGUCGAUUGUUCUAAGCAACCUGACUGUACCUGAGUUCCCUAUGCAAGCAUUUGGAUCAUCCGCUGCUUCCAUCAACAUGGAUUUCGUACAAGUUCGCGCAAUUCGAUCAAGUGCAUUUUCUGCAAACACAUACAGCAAUGUGAUGGCAUCCAAUUGCUCAUUUCACCUUAUAGAAAAUGAAUCAUUUGCUCAAAAGUCACUUAUAAACAAUUUUCAACUACACGGCUGUAAAAUUUAUCAAUUUUCUACAAAAGCAUUACAAUCUGCAGUUGCGACUCUCAAUAUAUCACACUCCAGUUUCAACAAUAUCGAGACCGGAGCUAUUACAACAACAGUCGCAGCAGUACUAAUUACAGACAACACUUUUCAUAACUUUAUGGAACGAGGCUUUGAAUUAUCUGCAUGGAAUACGUUCCACAUGGAGAGAAAUAAAUUUGAUAAAGUUGCGCCAUACGCAAUAGUAGCACCGGGUUCGUCGAUACAUGAAAUGGUAUUCUCUGAAAAUGAAGUGGAAACUGCUGAGACUAACAGUCUUGCCUUUAUUGGUCAUGCUUAUGCCAAAUCUGCACGUCAUGUAAAAUACAAAAACAACUACUACGGACAAACAUGCCACUGUAACAUCAGUACCUGGCUAGCCGAAAGUUUGGGUGCUCAAAGUGCCGAGCCUUUCGAAUCCGAGAGCUCGUGCACCGUAGGUGAGUUCUUUGCUCGCUGCUUUAACGAACCGUCACAAAACAUGGUAUUUAAAAAGUUUCUGGAUGGUGUAUGCACUGAAAAAUCUACGAUAGAAUGCGAAGUUCCAAUUCAAGUUAACCCAGAGAUUCAAAAUACAAGAUUUCCACAUAAAAAAGAAGACGAUGAAGACUACGGAGAUACCGAAAGAAAUAACAAAGUGAUAGGUAUUGUCAUUGUGACAUGUUUAGGGUGUGUGAUAAUCGCACUGAUCAUUAGUUUUAUAAAAUGGAUGAGACGAAAAGGCUAUUGUGCAAACGUCAAAAAUUUCCUGUCAAGAAAUUCCUCUUGUGGAGCACUGUGCGACAGAAUGUGUGGCUGUGGGAGAAACCAUGGCCUGGACAACACACGAUCUAUAUCUCAGUUGUCCGUCAAUGAAUAUUCAGAACGCCAUCGACUUAAUGAACCACGAGUUCAAGAAAAUAUUCAAGAGACCAGACUUCCGGAGAUGUACGGUGAGCAAGUAGUGCCCAUGGACGACAAAACUACACAGACUUUACCUGAAGAACUAACUAAAGAACUUUUAGAAAAUUUAAGAGAAAAAUUGGAAGACCCAGAAAAUUACGUAGAAGCACGAGAAAUGAUUGAACAUCUAUAUGAGCUUAUCAAAGUCGAAGAAAGCUGUAAUUCAAACAAUCCUAUAUCGACACGUGCUGCUGAAGAAAACAUCUACGAACUACCAUUCCAAAACACUACUCCUAGAAUAGGUAAAAACAAGAAACAAAUGAUUAGCGUGGGCACGAGAACGCCAUCUAUAGAUAAACUAAUGCCACUUUCACCGUAUAACCGGCAAACUGCACUGGCACAUGAAUAUUUUGAGCCCAAAGAUUUUGCAGUUCACUUAUACGCCGAAAUAGCAAAUGCUGACAGGGAAAAGAAAAAUCUACUGGGUAUUAUGCCAGAUGUAAUACAGGCAGAUCAAGCAAUUCCUCGUGGUCCAUACUUACGCGCAGUUCGUGAUAAAUUAGGCUCAAGUGUCAGCGCUAGUCCUUCGACUAAGUAUUUGAACAACUCCAUUGCUAGUCCUCAACAUUCUUCAACCACUAAAUCAAACAAGUCUACGUUGUCUAAUUCGUCAGGAAGAAUGACAAAUAGGCCACUGCCAGAAAAACCUGCCAACUUGGACCCUGGUGAGGGCACAUCUUACAGACAUGGCUGAAACUGAGCUAUGGCCGUAUCCGACGGCCAACAGACGAGUAUGCCCAGCAAGAGACUAGUACAAUUCAGCCAAAGACUAGAAAUGCUCGUUACCGCUCACAAGACGCUAUCUGUCCUGCCAUCAGAGGGGACCACCACUACUCAGAGAACCCUCCACCGGUAAUGCCUCCACUAAUAACGAACUGGAUUUGAGGACCCGCCGAGGCAAGAUAGCUAUGAUUAUUAUUGUUUCGUUGCUGUGAUAUUAUUUUGUUUAUAUGCGAUCUUUCACAAUGCCGAAGAUAAUUGAUCGUGUUAUAUUAUACACGGAUGUCUUUAGUUUAUUUGUAAAUAAUAUGGUAUAAUAAAUAUUUAGGUUUGUAUCAAAUAAUGUGCCACAUAAUGAUAAAGACCGUGUUAAUAAAUUGUUAGUUAAUAUUUUCUCACAUAGUAAACAAAAUGGGCUGAUUCUUUUUUCUUAACCACGACGUUAACUUACCAAUUUAUGGUUAGUGACAAUUCCAUUAUUAUGUGUACAUUUUGCGGGAGGUUCAUACAAAUACGAGUGUGAAAAUUAUAACUAUUUUUGAGAAAUUUAAAUGUAUAUGUACCUAGAGGCGCAAAUUACGUAUAACGAUAAUGAAUUAGCUAGUCGAAAGUUAUUCUUCCAAUUAAUUAAUAUGAAUACAAUGGUCUCUACCACAAUUAUUAAUACAAUGCAAAUGUAUAUGUCAAUCUCUAAACAUUCACUACGAAUUCACACUAAUUGACAAAAUUAUCGUUCAAUUUCGUAACCAAUAAUUCUUAUUUGUAUAAUACUGAAGGAUGACUAGGUAACUUAAAAAGUUAUCUUUAAUAUUUCAUUGUACUAGUAGGCACUUUGUCGUCCGAAAGGUUAGUGAGUCAAACAUGAAUUUUAGUAAAAGAAUAGGAGUAUACGUAAUACCACUGCUGUACUACACUACUACGAGUAUACUUACUAUACACGUGAUGAACAUAAUAGAUGUAUAUGGAGGUAAUGUUCACUUAUCAAAUAAUAUUAUUUAACUGUGCGUAGUAAAUGUUGACAGUAGAGUUAGUUCAAAAUAUUAAUUAAUGUUCUUCACUGUGUAAAAAUUUAAUAAUCACAGAUUCUAUAUAUAUUUUAAUCGAUACCUGGAGUAAUCAUAAUAAUGACUUCCAAUUAUUUCCGCCUUUCCACUACACGUGGUGAGAAGUCGCUCAUAGUUGUUCUCAUAGUCUGUGGUUGUUCCCGUUGCAUGUACCAUUGUAAAGUGCAGUUCAACAUUAUCUUUGAAUUUGUAUUUGUCGGUUUUGAAAUCAACCAUUAGGUACACAAUUAGCAUAUCUAUAGACAUAAAUAAAUAUGUAAUAUAUUUUUUAAUAAUACAUAAUACAAAAUCACAAAUAUUUACAAUGAAAUUUUUAAAAAUUUCAAAAAAGUAUAUUUUUUUAAAUUUAUAGACAAACCUACUAUGCUUUUGAAAGUAUGUAAAGAUAAUAACAAUUAGCGGUGUGAAACUUGUUAACUAUAGAGGUAACGGCGAAAUAAAUCUAGGGUCUGCAGUCU